GAGAGAGGGGGCACUGAGUGGGGAAAUAGACGGGCAGGGAGAGACUGCAGCAGAUGGGACUGCUGCUGCUACAGCCCGCAACACACUCACAAGAGGAUAGGCUGUGUGAGUGACAGUGUGUGUGUAUGCAUGGAAAACAGAGGAGUGUGUGUGAAGGAUAAUGGUUGUGAAUGACUGAGCAUCUUUCAUGUGCUCUGGAAUUGGAUGCAGUCAGCAAUAAUCCUCGUGAAGAAAAAAAGGAUACAGUCAAGUGAAGAGGAGACAGAAGACUGAGCACUUUUUCUUUUCACACUUCGGCUGCUUUCAGGGCAGGUGCAAGCCCAGCAAACUACUGUAGUAAGCCUAUUAUCAAUGUAGAAGUAUCUCAAUAAAUGCUAUUGACUGCAGUGGGACAUUUUUUUUGCCUAGGUAAAGAAGUGUAUCUUAAUCAAAGGUAGAGCAGUCAGGACAGUUUGCGGAGCACGUCUGGAAGCACAAGAAGGGGGAUUCUCUAUGGUGAAGAUGAGUCUGGACCCUGUACAGGUGAUGAGCGGACAGGUCAAAGAGCUCAAAGUUGCCUCUUCGUCCAACGGGGAGAGCAGAGGAUCAUGGGAGGAGAAAGAAGAGUUUGAUCAGGAUCACCUGGGCCUCAGCACCAAGCCAAAACCAGUGACAGGGAGACGAGCCCGGAAGGUGGAGGGAGGCGUGUUUUUCCCAAAACCAGAGAACGCAGUGACCAUUGCUGUUUCCUCUCGCGUCUUGUUUCGGACUGAACGUGAGCAGAAGGUGUUUGAGCAGAAGGGGGUGGAGGAGUAUCUGAGAUACCAGGUAGAACACGAGAAUGAACCCUUCGCGCCGGGACCUGCUUUCCCCUUCGUCAAGGCUCUGGAGGCAGUCAACGCUCGUCUGCGAGAGCUGUACCCACAGAGUGAAGAACUAUUCGACAUUGUUUUGGUGACGUACAACCAUGCACACGUGGGAAUACGGCUCAUCAACACCAUCAACCAUCACAACUUGUUCAUUGAGAGAUUUUGUAUGACCGGGGGGAGCAGUCCCAUUGGCUACCUGAAGGCCUGGCACACCAACCUCUACCUGUCUGCUGAUGCUGAGAAGGUCAGGGAGGCACUGGCUGAAGGCAUUGCAGCAGCCACCAUGUUCAUGCCAGAGAAGCUGACGGAGGUAUCAGAGUCCCAGCUGAGGGUGGCGUUUGACGGUGAUGCCGUACUCUUCUCUGAUGAAUCAGAGCGCAUCUUCAAGGCCCAUGGGCUGGACAAGUUCUUCGAACAUGAGAGGGAAAAUGAGGACACACUAUUGGAUCAUGGACCCUUGAAGGGCUUUCUGGAGGCACUUGGGAAGCUCCAAAAGAAGUUUUAUGCUAAAGGCCAUCGACUGGACUGUCCCAUUCGGACCUACUUGGUCACAGCUCGUAGUGCAGCCAGCUCUGGCAUUCGGGCGCUGAAGACGCUCAGGGCCUGGGGUCUGGAGAUUGACGAGGCCUUGUUCCUGGCAGGAGCGCCGAAGGGCCCCAUGCUGGAGAAGAUCAGGCCGCACAUCUACUUUGACGAUCAGAUGUUUCAUGUGGAGGGAGCAGCAGAGAUGGGCACCAUCGCUGCCCACGUGCCCUAUGGCAUUGCACAGAAACAUAACCCCAAACAGAAAACCAGUGCGGGGAAGUAGACAGUAGGACUUCAGGUGCAGUCAUUAAGCCAGAAAUGGAAAGCGAAGAAAGAUGGGAUGGAGAAAGUUUGGAGAGAUUAACUUGUACUGUAUUGUAUGUGGAAAUGCAUCAUUUCCAUACUGUAGCAAUUGUAAUGUAAGUCUGUUUUAUCACAAUAUGAACUGUCUCAGCUUCAUGCUGUCAUCUUAGGAGUAAGACGCAAGGAUAGGUAGAGGCCAAGUGGAGGUCUGGAACCUAGGAUGACAUUUCAAAGGUGCUUGAUUGUCAUGGUGACCUGACUGUAUUUCUUUCACUACCACUUGUCUUCAUAAAGAAGACACCUUUUCAGUGAAGGAGGAUACUGAAUGAAUGGACUCACUGACUCCUGAUAGAAGUAAAGCACAAGGACUGCAAUGUACGCUGUGAGUAAAUGAGCCAUAAGCACAGUGCAUAAAUAUUAUAAGGUUUAAGGUUACAGUGAUGUGCUGUAGAAUGAGAGUCAUAAUUUAAAGCAAUACUAUGUAAGUUUUGCUGAGCAGUGGCAACAGCAGCCUCUGCAGCCACAAGUGGUAAUUACAGGACACUGGCACAUGAAAUUCUCUUUGUCUCUGAGUUUUAACGGUUAUGGAUACUGUAAGCAGCGUAUCCCUAGAAACUAACAGCUAGUGUACAGAAAGGAAAGCCAAUCAAUCACUCAGGCAACAAAUACAGAAUCAUCAUAUCAGUAUAAACUAGCAAUAAUGCUGUCCACUCAUGUCAAGUCCACAUUUGGCUAAUUUGAUUGACCGAAACCAACAGCUGUCCUCUGUGUAGAUGCUAGGAGCUGGCUUUAAAUGGACUAAGUGACUAGCAGCGGGGCUGGAUGGCAACUCAAGCCAUGACAACAGGGAGUUAGUGAGUUACACAAUAUGUGGAUAUUGUAUAUAUACACACACUACAGAAAAUACAGUACCUGAUAUUAUGUAGCUUGAUAAUGCACCAAGUUACAAAUUGUCGCUGAUGUCUGGUAGUAAUGUACACAAUAUAACUUAUGUCUGUUGAUGACCAGGGAUGAUAGAAAUACUUAGUUGUACUGAUUAUAAGUCAGGUCACCUACUGAGGAGAUAACAAGCUAACGAGCAGCUGCACCAAUGAGUUACGUAAUUCAUUGACGUGAAAGAAAGAAUUAAAUGUUAUCUGGAGACCUAUGUGACAUAGUGCCGCGAAGCCUUUCACACUUAUACCUAGUCAAGCCAAGUUACUUAGUGCAAGAACAGGCGUUCGAAAUGAAAAGGAAUGAAAGAGUUGCCAUUCUUCUUAAUACAAGUAGGUGUACUGUCAAGAUGAGUUUGACUUUACAAGAAUGUAAAACUGUUUGCAACUAUACAAAAUGUAUUGUACAUUACUGAACAUAGCAACAUUAUCUACUAUUGUCUUAGUCCACAACAAAUAUAGGAAGCCAUAAUUUUCAGUUGGUGCCUUAGUUUCAACAAAGACACUACUUUUAGCCAUAAUAGCAGUGUGGUCAGUGUAGCACUUUGGUCUUCAACAACUGCUCGAUGCACUGCCAUUAAAUUCAGUACUGAUAUUAAUGGUCCGAAGACGACGAAACCUCCAAAAUGAAUGAUUUGUUUUCAUCAGCAUUAACAUGCUAAGAUCCUCAAAGCCCAUCUAAGCCUUAGUACACCUGAGGCUAACAGUGGAUACUGUAGACUGAUUAAAAUUUUUGACAGCUCUGCUCUGAAAUGCCCCUAAAAUGGUUGUUUGGUGUAUAAUAGUUUGACUUUGCUCACUUAGGCCAAAUAGUAGGCUCCACUAGUGGUAAGAAAAGCACAGUUUUAUCUCUGUGUUUAAUUCAUCCAACAAGUGUUUUAUGAGCAUUUCAGUGUAGGACGUUUAAGCAGCUAUCUUGAUUUUACUGCCCUCUUCUGCACACCAAAGCUAAUACCAAGUCACACUCUGCUACAGUGGCGAUUGAUGUCGUAAAAUGUAACCAAUUUAACUGCAUUUGGCAAUCAAUUCCCAAUAGGUAAUCAGUUUCUCAUUUCAGUCAUAAGAACACGUACAUGUUUUAGAAAUACAUAAAUUUGUCUUUCAUUGGCAAAAUGGCUGCAGUGGCCUUUUGAAAUGUCAAUCCACUUCCCAUCACUCUGUCACUAUUGGCCAAGUCCUCAGAAAUCUCCCACCUUGUGUACAUUUAGCGAUGCUUCAUUAAACCUCAUCAGCCGUCUGAGGACCAUAGAGCUCAGGAAAGUGACAAAGCGAUCCACGGGUUUCAUUUCACAGCCAAAACACAUAAUUAAACAGAUGUGUCUCUUGGCAGUCGUUUGUCCCUAAAACGAUGGCUGAGUUGUCGGAGGUUAAAGUUUCAGCAGGACGAGCCAAUCAGUCAGGGCAGUUUGGACUUUACUGUGUGACAUUCAGGACUCGAUUAAUGCAGACAAAGUGUUGUUUGAACUUUUCGACUAAAAGUUUAUGAUGACUAUAGAUCCUGAUGAAAAAAUGGCUUUGCAAUAAGAAAAUGUAAAUGAGCAAUAAAUAAAGAUAUAAAUCAUAA